AUUUGAGCGCCGUGGCUCCAGGGCAGAGCUGCGCAGGUCCUCGGUCUACAGCACCAUGGACCUGGUGCCCCAGCUGGAGCAUUACGCCAACUCCCUUCCACGUCAGAUGACAAAAAGCAGGCCGUCUCUUGAAACGCUCCGCAAGACAUUUGAAGUGGUGGAGGUGGAUGGAGGAGCCACCUCAGGCUCAAGCAGCCUACCAGCACCAGAUCUUGGAAACGAAGAGGCUGAAGGUCCCCCAGAGAAAGCUCCUGUUAGAUUCGGCUGGAUAGUUGGAGUCAUGGUUCGUUGCAUGCUGAAUAUUUGGGGAGUCAUCUUGUUCCUCCGUCUCUCAUGGAUCACCUCUCAGGCAGGCAUUGUGUUGACGUGUGUUAUAAUAUUGAUGUCUGUGGUGGUGACAUCUGUGACAACGCUAUCCAUUUCUGCCAUUGCCACCAAUGGGAGGGUGGUCUCAGGUGGGGCAUAUUUUAUGAUCUCCAGAACUCUGGGUCCUGAAAUUGGAGGACCAAUCGGGAUGGUUUUCUCCUUUGCCAAUGCACUGGCAUGUGCAAUGAACACUGUUGGUUUUGCAGAGGUUGUUCGGGAUCUAAUGCAGGAGUUUAAUGUCAUCAUGGUUGAUUCCAUCAAUGAUGUUCGUAUUGUGGGUGUGAUCACUGUCACCGUUCUUCUGCUUAUUUCACUGGCUGGUAUGGAGUGGGAGUCCAAGACCCAGAUUUUGUUCUUUCUUGUUCUUUUGAUCUCCUUUGCAAACUAUUUUGUGGGCACAGUGAUCCCUCCUAACAUUGAGAAACAAGCCGUUGGAAUCUUUGGAUACCGAGGUGAUGUCUUUGUAGAAAACCUAACACCAAACUGGAGAGGAUCCGAAGGAAGUUUUUUCCAAAUGUUUGCCAUUUUCUUUCCUGCUGCGAUUGGUAUUCUCUCUGGAGCCAACAUCUCUGGAGAUUUGAAAGACCCUGCUACCGCCAUCCCCAAAGGCACCCUGAUGGCCAUUUUCUGGACAACAAUCAGUUACCUGGGGAUAGCUGUAACUGUUGGGGCGUGUGUGGUUCGGGAUGCUUCCGGGAAUAAAAGUGAUAUCAUCAUUGGAAACAGCACUGAUGGUUGUCUGGGAYUGACAUGCAAAAUGGGCUGGAACUUCACAGACUGCAUCCAAUCCCAGUCCUGUAAUUAUGGGCUGGCCAAUAGUGUGAAGGUCCUGGGGCAGGUUUCUGGUUUCUACUACCUCAUCACUGCUGGUGUGUUUGCAGCCAGCUUGUCUUCUGCUCUUGGAUUCCUGGUCUCUGCACCAAAGGUUUUUCAGUGUCUGUGCAAAGACAAAAUAUACCCGUAUAUUAUAUUCUUUGCAAAAGGUUAUGGGAAGAAUAAUGAGCCCCUCAGAGCGUAUGUUCUUUGCUACAUCAUUGCRGUGGCCUUCAUUCUCAUCGCGGARUUGAACACCAUCGCAGCCCUGAUUUCCAACUUCUUCUUGUGCUCCUACUGUCUUAUAAACUUCAGUUGCUUUCACGCUUCUAUCACAAAUUCUCCUGGGUGGAGGCCAUCAUUUCACUACUACAGCAAAUGGACAGCUCUGUUUGGGGCAGUGAUCUCUGUGGUUCUGAUGUUUUUGUUCACCUGGUGGGCUGCCCUCAUCACCUUCUGUAUCAUCUUCUUCCUCUUUGGCUAUGUCAAUUACAACAAACCCAGUGAGUCCACAACAGUCACAGUUGAAAAUGACACGUUUGACUCCAACUACUGCUUGUGCAUCUUGAGGAUGAUGAAUGGACUGAACCUCUCUGAUGACUUUGAAUUUGAAGUAAAUCGAGGUUUUGAGCCAGAUGAGCCUGUGGAAAGCCAUGACGAGCAAACUAAUACAGARGAUGCAGCUGAUGAUGCGUCUGAUGAAGGUGAUAGGGAUCAGAUCAAGACAGUGUUUCAAAAUGAUCAGGGCAAGAAGACCAUUGACGUUUAUUGGAUCGCAGACGAUGGAGGUUUGACAUUGCUGGUGCCUUACYUGUUCACCAGGAGAAAACACUGGCACAAAUGUAAAGUCAGGGUUUUCAUUGUGGGAGAUGAGGAGAACAUGGAGGAGGGUCGCAACCAGAUGAUCGCCCUGCUGAAGAGGUUCCGUCUCGAUGUCAGUGACGUUGUAGUCAUGACCGACAUCGAUAAAUGUCCUCACUCCAAGAGUCGCAGAGUAAAGUGAGGCUGAAUGAAAUCAUUCGAAAGAAUUCACAACAUACCGCUCUUGUUAUUGUGAGCCUUCCGGUGCCUCAGAGUGACUGUCCCAGUGCUCUGUACAUGGCCUGGUUGGACACUCUGACCUGUGGUCUCCACUGCCCCGCUGUGUUAAUACGAGGAAACCAACAGAACGUCCUCACCUUCUAUUGUCAGUAAAUAAACUAUGAAGGAUGGAGGAGUCAUACAGAAAUGGAAAACUCAAUGCACUGAUUUUAAAUAACUCUGAAAUUGAUAAAUUCAAGUUGUAUGAUUUGCAAAAUUCUUAUAAAAUUUGUUAACAACACAUGCUAAGAUUCAUAGCUCCUGUUGAUCAUAAUAAUCUAAARUAUGCAGCUAAUCACAUAUUUUAAAGCUUUAAACAUUUAUUAUAAAUCAAAUUUAGCAAUGUAGGGUGMAUCAAAAAUGAUAGAUGAACAUGAGAACAUUGAUGAAAAUAAAGCAAUUCAAUUUACUGAGGUGUACAAAGUGAUUCCUGGUAUUGAUUCCUCGAGUAUAGGSCUACAGUCACACUGCAGGCAAAUGUGCCCCUAUGUAGUAUGUGGUACUAAAAUGAACAUAGGUUUUUCAAAGCAACCUCAGUCUGAAGAAAGAUGGAGCAUUUAAUUCAACUUUUACGUCAGUGAGGUGGGGUAAGCAGAUACAGAUACCUACAUUUUGCAGUUUAAAUAUUAGAAAUUUGCACAUCUUCAGCUACAGAACAGAAGUCCAGUUGCAUCAUCUUUUAUUUUAAGUUCCCAUGUCCUGGAUGACUGAGAAUCCACAGCAACAUAGGAUGGUAAUGUUAGUGUUGGGAUGUAUAGAUUUAGAAAAUAGUUUCAGCAUGUCACACCUAUUCAAAAAAUAUAAUGCUGCAUGUUAAAAGGCUAGAGGUUGCAUUUAAAGUAAAAUGUGAACAUCCACACAAAAAACAGUAAUAAACUACCACAAAAAUAAAAAUUAGAUUUGAGAAAAAAUUGUAGAUGAGCAUGAAGACCAGCAGUGUGAACAUAGCCAAAUAAAAACCACAACUAUAUAUAUUAAGACAGCACCACCACAUUUUUUAACUUGUACUCUUUAGAGCUACACUACAUUUUUCCACUAAUCAACAAUAAUGAUAGAGGUUUUAGCUACUUUAUAUCUUGCAUUCAUGUUGAUCAGUGAUAAUGGCUUUUGCACAACUUUCUGUAAUAAGAAUGUUUUAUUUUUGUUCCAGAUAUAAGAUUCCUUUCUGUAGAAACAAACUUGUUACUGACAGCCUUUUUUUGUUUGCAUAAAUUCACCAUGUGACAAAACCAUGUAACCGUGUUUUGCAGCAAUGUCACUUUACCCCCUGUUGGUGUGCAAACAGCAACCAUUGAGUAAUUGKUUUUUUAGAAGCUGCUACAAUCUUUGCCCUAACAACAUCACCAAACAAUAAAACUGCUUUACUUUGGCUUUAUUUUUUUUAAAUUCAUAUUGAAAGAAUGAAUCAACAUGUUUUGGAAAUAUCUCUAUUGUUUUACAGUUGUUCUUUUCAACUUGUCAUUAGUCAUGAGAAUGUUUUUUAUUUGUAAAAAUGUUAAUUUUUACAUUUUCUUUGGUAUAUUUAAAACAUUUUCACUUAGCUUCAGAUAUAAAAGGUAUCUURAGUGGACAUUUCUGUUGAUUCAGUAGGAUGGUUAUCUGGUUAGUUUAGGACAAAAGCACUCAGUGGUUAUUUUGUUUYUGUUUUCUUUAAACUUUAUUAUUGUGCAUAAUUUGUACAUGUUUAUUUUGUUUGUGUGUGAUAAUUCCUUAUUUGUUUUCUAAGGUAAUGACGAAUAA